AUUCCAUUAUCUGGCCGGAAUCAGAAGUUUUCAGAAACAUUAAUGGUAAGACCACACAUACUGCUUUUAAACAAGGUUGAUCUGAUCAAUAAGGAAGACAUCCCACUGUUUGAAAGAGUUUUGAAGUUAGAGAAUCCUAAUCUACAGGCUGUUUUACACUCGUGUUGUAAGAAUGACUUAGAUAGUACAAUAAAAACUGAGCUGUUACCAUGCAUUACAAAUAUAAUGAAAACAAGCAACCGAUAUCAUAGAAAUGAAACACAAGACUACAAUGUAUUGGUCAUCGGCAUUCCAAAUGUUGGGAAAUCAUCUCUAAUUAACUCACUGAGGAACGUUCAUUUGAAAAAAGGCAUUGCGGCAUCAGUUGGAGCGAAACCAGGCAUUACAAGAACCGUCAUGGAGAAGAUAAAGGUAUCUAAUAGUCCAAAGAUAUAUAUAUACGACACUCCUGGCAUUAUGUCACCAUCUGUCACUGAUAUGGAUGUAGCUAUGAAGCUGGCCCUCUGUGCCACAAUCCCAGAUAAACAGUUUGAUAUAGUGAACAUGGCAGACUACUUGCUCUUCACGUUAAACUUGCAGGAAAUGUUUGGAUACGUAAGCCUGUACGACAUCAAUGAACCAGCCGACGAUAUUUACAUACUUCUCACUCUACUUUGCAAGAAGUUCAACCUAGUGAUGAAAAUAAAUGACCAAGGCGAAUACGUCUACAGGCCAAAUUAUGAGAGGGCAUCGCAGAUAUUCAUCAAAGAUUUCAGAGAUUGUAAGUUAGGUAAAGUGAAUUUGGACAUGAAUCUGCUGAGAGAUAAACAACAUCGCUUAUCUGAUUCAUUACAUAAUUCGUAG